CGCAUGUCGGGUCAUUUUGAAGUUUCGCGCCAAACCAGAGAAGCAAAGUGUAAACAGUCCCACACAGCAGAAGUUAGCUAGCUCGCUAAUAACUUGUCGGAUAUCUACUUUUGAACUACUGUGAGUUUUUAAUGGAAACACAUUCGUACCUUCCCGUGCCUCCCGGGGUGGGGAUGGAAGAGAAUUUCUUAUCUCUUGAUGACAUUUUGCUUUCUCACGAGAGGCUACCUAGUCGGACAGAAUGCACAUUUCCCCGACUUGGAUUCCUGGAGAAAUCGAGUGACUCGCGAGACAUUCAAGAGGGUACGAAGAUGGAGAUGCCCCUGUUCCUGGCAAAGGGCUUGUAUGAGAGGAAGAGGCGCGUUGUCUCAGUGGAGCUGCCCAARGUCUACAAAGAGGGCUGGAGAACUGUGUUCAACGCAGACCCCACUGUAGUAGACCUUCACAAGAUGGGACCCUAUUACUAUGGCCUCGGCUCCCAGUUGCUGCACUUUGACAGCCCUGAGAAUCCGGAGAUUGCCCAGGCAGUACUUCAGAGGGUGAGUGCCAAGAUGGAGUCACUGCUUCAACACAGCUCCCCCUAUCAGUCACCUAGUAUGUAUACAUUCAUUGGUCGUUUCCGCCGGACCAUGGAUUCCUCACAGAAUGCCUACAACGAAGACACGUCAGCCCUAGUGGACCGCUUGGAUUACCUGGAGAGGGCACUGUUCAGGGCAGGGCAGAGCGGCCUCAACAGCUUCCAGAACUGGGAGAGGGGCCGCGCAUCAACCAUCACUGCCUCUAGCCUGGUGCUCAACUACCGCAAGAGGAAGAUCACUGAUCUGCAGUCCUGAGGGGCAUCUCCAAAGAUGCAUCCCAAWUGGCACCAUAUUCCCUAUAUUCCCACUACUUGGGCCCUGGUCCAUUUGGAACCCAAAGCAACAGGCCAGAAGAGAAAUGACUGAGUUGGAAGGAGAGUAGUGGAGGUGUGUGUGUGUGUGUGUGUCAUAAAAUAUAGAAAACGGAUUCCCACAUGAAACUUAGCUGAGUUUUGUUUUUAUGUUAUGGUGUAAUCUUGUGUGUUCGAUUUUGAGAUCUUUAUACACAUUCUGUACACAAAUGUUUUUCAAAGACUUUGUAAAUAUUUUUUGAWUUAUCUGCUUUAUGUGAUGUAAGUUUGAAUUGUUAUAAAAUUAAAGCUACCKUAGUCUUUAAAUUGGAUGUCAUCCUUAAAGUAAGAAAUGGUGGGGUUAAACAGGAAUGUUUUUUUGAAAGCAGAGUUACAGUAUUUUGCCGACGCAUGUGGCCAUGCAUUUCAUCAGGGAUGAUGAGGCAAAACAACUUUUAAAUGGUUGUGUAAGGAUUAACAGGAAUGUAUUACCAUAUUAUGUAGCUCUGCAUGCAUAAUGAAUGUAACCUACCCUUCAUAAAUGUCAUUACUACAACAACACCAACUUAAUGAAUAUAUGGCAGAACUGAUUUACAGCACAUCUAUUUAGUCUGUUUGAAAACCAUCUACAGUACAUCAUCAUAUGCUGUGUUCAUAACCAAGUGGGAAGGUGGUAUUUAUCACACGACUGGGAAAAAUCCACUGGAACGCUCCUCCAACGGGUAAUUAUUUAACUAGGCAAGUCUGUUAAGAACAAAUACUUAUUUACAAUGACGGCCUACCAAAAGGCCUCCUAUGCGGGCUGGGUUUAAAAAUAUAGGACAAGACACCCAUCACGACAGGAAAAUAAUUACUAGUGGGAAACUAUCAUCCCUGAGCUCAGGCUUCUUCCACACRCCAACCUCUGUCACCUAAGUAAAUUACCUCUAACAGCAUUUUUGGUAGUUAAAUGCAAAAGCAUUUUUUUAUAAAAAGCAAACUAUUAAUUUGGUUUUUGAACACUUGAUUUUGUUUCCAAGCAUGAUGGCUGUACUUUUAAUUUAUGGUUAACGCAGCUUGUUGGCCAGUAGCUAAUCAGCGUUUCUCAACRAGUUCAAAUCACAUGAAUGCAUCCAAUUKGUAUUUACGAUUUCACAACUAGUAACAACGUUAGUCUACAGAGGAGCAGCUUGGAUCUCUGCCCAUAGAGAAUGAUAAAGGAUUCUUAUCUGUCCCAUUGUCAUCAGCACACGGGCAGCGCCAUUGAGGCCAUCUCCAUUUUGAAGUAGUCCAUUUUCCUCUACUACUUCUAUGAGUUGGUAAACAGGCUGAAAAGGCGCAUACUUCCAUCUGGAGUGUGUUCAUUGGCUGAUCCCUCUUGACCUGGAUGGAAUUAUGUGAUCAUGCUAAAACAGACUUUUGGUCACUAGACUCUAUCGAUCUACCAUAGAGCCCGUAGUCAUAACAGCACAGAGAGUUGUUGAUGCUGCUGCAUUAGCUACGCAUUGGUUGUUAGGGGACUUCAUCUUUACAAUGAAACUGCCUUAAGGCAUUACCCAAUUAAAAGUACAUCUAAUUUGUACUCUGUCAGCAUCAAAGUUUCAGCCUGUGAACAUUUUAAUCACAGGGAAUGAUUCUUGACUCAUGUGAAUUGGCUAAAAAAUGUCAUCUCAAUUUGUUUAACCUGAAAUGUGGUUUGCAUAAUGGCCCUUGUAAUGUAAUCCUCUGUUUACAGUACAUAUUCAUGUGGUGCAGUGUCUGCAUAAUAAUGACUGAAGUGACAGGGAGCUCUCAGGAGAUGUGUUAUGGGCAGCUGAACGUCAAACAACGUCAAGUUUUGAAUGGUUUAUUUUUGCAAAAGUGUUUGUGUUAAUGUGUGAUACAUAAAUGUGAGUGUGUUGACCUUG